GGCGGAGGCGGAGGUGCGGCGGAGGGUGGGGGCCGCUGCCUUCGCAGGCGCCCGGGCCGGCCCGCGCCUUUGCACGGUGCUCCAUGCAUCCGGAGCCCGCCCCGCCCCCGAACAACAACAGCCCCGAGCUUCCCCUCAGCGGCGGCAGCACCACCAGCGGCAGCCGCCGGAGCCGCCGCCGCAGCGGGGACGGGGAGACCCCGGGGUCGUCGCCGCCGCCAGCCGCCGUCACCUACCCGGACUGGAUCGGCCAGAGUUACUCCGAGGUGAUGAGCCUCAACGAGCACUCGAUGCAGGCGCUGUCCUGGCGCAAGCUUUACUUGAGCCGUGCCAAGCUCAAAGCCUCUAGCCGGACCUCUGCUCUGCUCUCCGGCUUCGCCAUGGUGGCGAUGGUGGAGGUACAGCUAGAUGCCGACCAUGACUACCCUCCCGGGCUGCUCAUCGCCUUUAGUGCAUGCACCACGGUGCUGGUGGCCGUGCACCUGUUUGCACUUAUGAUCAGCACCUGCAUCCUGCCCAACAUCGAGGCGGUGAGCAACGUGCAUAACCUCAACUCGGUCAAGGAGUCACCCCAUGAGCGCAUGCACCGCCACAUCGAGCUGGCCUGGGCCUUUUCCACGGUCAUCGGCACGCUGCUCUUCCUGGCUGAAGUGGUGCUGCUCUGCUGGGUCAAGUUCUUGCCUCUCAAGAAGCAGCCCGGGCAGCUGCGGCCCACCAGCAAGCCCCCGGCCAGCGAUGCAGUCGCCAACGUCAGCAGCACUGGUGGCAUCACUCCGGGCCAAGCCGCCGCCAUCGCCUCCACCACCAUCAUGGUCCCUUUUGGCCUGGUCUUCAUCGUCUUUGCCGUCCACUUCUACCGCUCAUUGGUCAGCCAUAAGACGGACCGACAGUUCCAGGAGCUCAACGAGCUGGCCGAGUUUGCCCGCUUGCAGGACCAGCUGGACCACAGAGGGGAUCACCCCCUGACGCCCGGCAGCCACUAUGCAUAAGCCCUUCUGGGCCUGGGCACUUGAGAUCUUUGGCCUUACGCCGCUCCCCACGACCUCGUCCUGCCCCAGCCUUAAGGACAGCCAGCUCCAGGGAUUGGGCUUUUUUCAGGGGGGCAGAGAGUGGAGGGAAGAGGCUUCUUCUUCUUUAUUUUUUUUUUUUUAAGAGAAAUGACUGCACUUUGAAACUUUCCUCUAAGAGAAUAAGCACUUCCUGUUCUUCCAGCUUUGGGUUUACCUCCUGUUAGGAGGCCGCCGGUGGGAGCCACAGUGGGGACAAAUGCUCCCUUUGUCCCUCCUCCCCUGUGCCAGUGCCACUUGGAUGCUUCUUGUUUUUUCUGUCUUGAUCCCCCUCCCCAUUCAGUGUCGUGUGUGUGUGUGUGUGUGUGUGUGUGUGUGUGUGUGUGUGUGUGUGUCUGUAUACACAUAAAUAUACUCAUAAGGGACACCUCUUGUGUCUGUCUUUGUUGGGUCUGGACUGCCUGGUAUGAAUUCUGGCACCCCAGUCAGGUGAGCCUCUAAGUGAGAAAUUAUGUUAACAUUUUAUUUUGAAAAUUUAAAAACCUACAAAAAAGUUGCAAGAAUAGCAACUGAAAUACAUAUACAGUCAAUUCUUGUCAUUCA